CAAGCGGUGUGAGGGGGGGGGGGGGAUUUUUAUUAGGUGAAAGAAAGAUGUGUCCUUUCGGGGUUUUUUAUUUGAGAUUUCUUUAUUAUUAGAAAGGAGUCUUCUUAAACUUAGGGUUCCUUUUUGUUUUGUUACUUUUCGAUUUUUGUUCUUUGGGAGGGGUUGCUUCCUUCUGUUUAUUGGGAAUUUUUCUCGGUUUCCUCGUCUGUCUGGUAAUUUUGCGCAUUCGGGUGCCGUAUUACCUUGCUAAUCCCGUCUGGUUCGGUGGGUUUUCUUCAAUUUUGGAAGUCUCCAUCUUUGGUUUUUAGGGAUUUUGAAGUGUCUGCAAGUACAAAGGAAAGUCCUUUUUCUCGCUCUCUGGUAGAAUUUUGGAAAAUCCUGAGGAUUCUGAAAGGUUUUUGGGGUUUCUGAGAAGGAGGCAUUGGUGCCUUAUACUUAGUGGCAAGCUCGAGUUUGUUGGGUCUGGCAUGUAUGCAUGAUGUUUAGUGCUCAAGGGUCUUCAAGAAAUCAUUGCAGUCUCCUUGCAGUUCUUUCUGGUGGUAACGUUUCUGAUAAUAAACAGAAGCAGCCAGUUUCUGAUGAUAAGCCCAGAUACCCAUUUCCAGAGCUUGCUUCAUCAGGGCGCCUCGAGGUUCAACUUCUGAACAGUCCUAACAUUGAUGAGUUGCGACGGGUUCUUGAAUCAACAGAGCCAAAUGUUGUCUACUUGCAAGGAGAGCAGAAUGCAGAUAGUGAAGAAAUUGGCCCUCUGAUUUGGGGGGAUGUUGAUUUGUCCACCCCAGAAACCUUAUGUGGACUCUUUGAUUCCACAUUGCCUACCACGGUUUAUUUAGAGACCCCCAAUGGUGACAAAUUGGCAGAGGCACUUCACUCACAGGGAGUCCCUUAUGUUAUAUAUUGGAAAAAUACAUUCUCACGUUUUGCAGCUUGCCAUUUUCGUCAAGCACUGUUAUCGGUGAUACAAAGUUCAUGUAGCCAUACAUGGGAUGCAUUCCAGCUUGCCCAUGCUUCUUUUAGACUGUACUGUGUACGAAACAACAAUGUUGUCUCUUCUAAUAGUCAGAAACAAAGUGUUAAGCCAGGACCGCGUCUGCUUGGGGAGGCUCCCAAGAUUGAUGUUUCUCAACCAGAGGUAGAUAUGCAAGGGGAAGAAAGCUCUCCUGAAAAUCUUCCAGCGAUAAAGAUAUAUGAUGAUGAUGUGACUGUGAGGUUUCUUGUUUGUGGAUCACCUUGCAUAUUGGAUGCAUUCCUAUUGGGAUCUUUGGAGGAUGGACUUAAUGCUCUCUUAAGCAUAGAAAUACGCGGGAGCAAACUCCAUAACCGAGCAAGUGCGCCACCACCACCUCUUCAGGCGGGGACAUUUUCUCGUGGUGUAGUGACCAUGCGUUGUGAUUUUUCAACCUGUAGUUCUGCUCACAUAUCACUUUUAGUGUCUGGCAGCGCACAGACUUGUUUUAAUGAUCAGCUCUUGGAAAAUCAUAUAAAGAAUGAGAUAAUCGAGAAGAGUCAGCUAGUCCAUGCACAGUCAAGUUCUGAGGAAAGCAAAUUGCCUUCAUCUGAGCCUCGUAGAUCAGCCUCAAUUGCCUGUGGAGCAAGUGUGUUUGAAGUCUGCAUGAAGGUUCCCACAUGGGCUUCGCAGGUUUUGAGGCAACUUGCACCGGAUGUAUCCUACCGCAGCUUAGUUAUGCUGGGGAUUGCUAGCAUUCAAGGGCUGUCGGUUGCUUCUUUUGAAAAAGAUGAUGCCGAACGCCUGCUUUUCUUUUGUAUGAGGCAGGACAAAGAUCCCCUCCAGGAUAGUUCUGUAAUUGCCAUAUCUCCCAGUUGGUUGGUCCCUCCAGCACCUAGUCGUAAAAGAUCAGAGCCAUGUAAAGACACUAAACCUCUGAACUGUACUGGCAUGGAAGGUGAAAAUGGUAUUGCUAGACCGAAAUCAAAUGUUGCUGCUAUGAGGCCAAUUCCUCACACUCAUCGUCAUAAGAUUAUUCCCUUUUCUGGAUUUUCUGAGGCUGAGAGAUAUGAUGGUGACCAAGGGAAGGUAAACUUGCCUGUAGUUCCUGUGAAGCAGCCUGCUCCUGUUACACAUCGGAAAGCAUUGUCAAGUUCUUAUCAGGCCCAGCAGAUUAUUUCUUUAAAUCCAUUACCUCUUAAGAAACAUGGUUGUGGUAGAGCCCCAAUACAGGUUUGCUCAGAGGAAGAAUUUUUGAGAGAUGUAAUGCAGUUUUUGAUUCUUCGAGGACAUACUCGUCUUGUUCCUCAAGGUGGGUUAGCUGAGUUUCCUGAUGCCAUUCUGAAUGCUAAGCGACUUGACCUAUUUAACUUGUACAGAGAGGUGGUAUCAAGAGGGGGCUUUCAUGUUGGAAAUGGCAUCAAUUGGAAGGGACAAGUGUUCUCAAAGAUGCGCAAUCACACAAUGACAAAUAGAAUGACUGGAGUGGGCAACACACUGAAAAGACACUAUGAGACUUACCUUUUAGAGUAUGAAUUGGCUCAUGAUGAUGUAGAUGGUGAAUGCUGCUUGUUGUGUCACAGUAGCGCAGCAGGUGACUGGGUAAACUGUGGAAUUUGUGGCGAGUGGGCUCACUUUGGCUGUGAUAGGCGGCAGGGGCUUGGAGCCUUUAAGGAUUAUGCAAAAACAGAUGGGCUCGAGUACGUUUGUCCGCACUGCAGCAUCUCAAAUUUCAAGAAGAAACCUCAGAAAACUGUGAAUGGUUAUUAACAAGCUUUGACUCACAUUUUAGAUUCCUACACCCUCCCUUCCCCCCCUUUUCUUUUCCCAACCUAGAAAUAUGUCUCUUUUAGUUUAAUUUUCUUUUUCUUCCUCAACAUAAUGCGUAAGAUAAGGCACGAUAUUAGGAAUGUAAUUAUUGUAUUGUAUCCCCAUUGUUGUUCUCAUAUAUAGAUCAUGCCAUUAACGAGGCCCCCAAUUUUUCCCCAAUAUUUUGUAUUCUGCAGAACAGAUAUCAAGAGGAGUAACUGUAGAAUAUUUUCCUAUUUUACUCAAUUAAUUUAAUGAGGUAGUUUUGUCCUAGAAUGAAA